GGCUUCUUUUACCGCCGCCGGCGACGCCGCCCUUAUGGGGUUCCUGAAAUUGAUUGAGAUCGAGAACUUUAAAUCGUACAAAGGUCGACAGAUUAUCGGACCAUUUCAGAGGUUCACCGCCAUCAUUGGACCCAAUGGCUCUGGUAAGUCAAACCUCAUGGAUGCUAUCAGCUUCGUGCUGGGUGAAAAAACCAGCAACCUGCGGGUUAAGACCCUCCGGGACCUGAUCCAUGGAGCUCCUGUGGGCAAGCCUGCUGCCAACCGGGCCUUUGUCAGCAUGGUGUACUCUGAGGAUGGUGCUGAGGACCGCACCUUUGCCCGCGUCAUUGUAGGGGGUUCCUCUGAGUACAAGAUCAACAAUAAAGUGGUCCAGCUGCAUGAGUACAGUGAAGAAUUAGAGAAGUUGGGUAUCCUCAUCAAAGCUCGCAACUUCCUCGUCUUCCAGGGGGCUGUCGAAUCUAUUGCCAUGAAGAAUCCUAAAGAGAGGACAGCUCUAUUUGAAGAGAUCAGUCGUUCCGGAGAGCUGGCCCAGGAGUAUGAUAAGCGAAAGAAGGAGAUGGUGAAGGCCGAGGAGGACACGCAGUUUAACUACCAUCGCAAGAAGAACAUCGCAGCUGAGCGCAAGGAGGCCAAACAGGAGAAAGAAGAGGCUGACCGCUACCAGCGCCUGAAGGAUGAGGUGGUGCGAGCUCAGGUGCAGCUGCAGCUCUUCAAACUUUACCAUAACGAAGUGGAAAUCGAGAAGCUCAACAAGGAACUGGCCUCCAAGAACAAAGAGAUUGAGAAGGACAAGAAGCGUAUGGACAAAGUAGAGGACGAACUGAAGGAGAAGAAGAAGGAGCUGGGCAAAAUGAUGCGGGAGCAGCAGCAGAUCGAGAAGGAGAUCAAGGAAAAGGACUCGGAGCUGAACCAGAAGCGCCCUCAGUACAUCAAAGCCAAGGAGAACACGUCCCACAAAAUCAAGAAGCUCGAGGCAGCCAAGAAGUCUCUGCAGAACGCUCAGAAGCACUACAAGAAGCGUAAAGGGGACAUGGACGAGCUGGAGAAGGAGAUGCUGUCCGUGGAGAAGGCCCGGCAGGAGUUUGAAGAGCGCAUGGAAGAGGAGAGUCAGAGUCAGGGCAGAGACUUGACGCUAGAGGAGAAUCAGGUGAAGAAAUACCACCGGUUGAAAGAGGAAGCCAGCAAGAGAGCAGCUACCUUGGCCCAGGAGUUGGAGAAGUUUAACCGAGACCAGAAAGCUGAUCAAGACCGUCUAGAUCUGGAAGAACGGAAGAAAGUGGAGACGGAGGCCAAGAUUAAGCAGAAGCUGCGGGAGAUUGAAGAGAAUCAGAAGCGGAUUGAGAAACUAGAGGAAUAUAUCACCACCAGCAAACAGUCCCUAGAGGAGCAGAAGAAGCUAGAGGGGGAGCUGACAGAGGAGGUAGAGAUGGCCAAGCGGCGUAUCGAUGAGAUCAAUAAGGAGCUGAACCAGGUGAUGGAGCAGCUAGGGGAUGCCCGCAUCGACCGCCAGGAGAGCAGCCGCCAGCAACGGAAGGCAGAGAUAAUGGAAAGCAUCAAGCGCCUUUACCCUGGCUCCGUGUACGGCCGCCUCAUUGACCUCUGCCAGCCCACACAGAAGAAGUAUCAGAUUGCUGUGACCAAGGUGUUGGGCAAGAACAUGGAUGCCAUUAUUGUUGACUCAGAGAAGACGGGCCGGGACUGUAUUCAGUAUAUCAAGGAGCAGCGUGGGGAGCCUGAGACCUUCUUGCCUCUUGACUACCUGGAGGUGAAACCAACAGAUGAGAAGCUCCGGGAGCUGAAGGGGGCCAAGCUCGUGAUUGAUGUGAUUCGCUACGAACCACCCCAUAUCAAAAAGGCCCUGCAGUAUGCGUGCGGUAAUGCCCUUGUCUGUGACAACGUGGAAGACGCCCGCCGCAUUGCCUUUGGAGGCCACCAGCGCCACAAGACAGUGGCACUGGAUGGGACCCUGUUCCAGAAGUCAGGAGUGAUCUCUGGUGGGGCCAGUGACCUGAAGGCCAAGGCACGGCGCUGGGAUGAGAAAGCAGUGGAUAAGCUGAAAGAGAAGAAGGAGCGGCUGACAGAGGAGCUAAAAGAGCAAAUGAAGGCAAAGCGGAAAGAGGCAGAGCUGCGCCAGGUGCAGUCUCAGGCCCAUGGCCUGCAGAUGCGGCUCAAGUACUCACAGAGUGACCUAGAGCAGACCAAGACAAGACAUCUGGCCCUCAAUCUGCAGGAAAAGUCCAAGCUGGAGAGUGAAUUAGCUAACUUUGGGCCUCGCAUUAAUGACAUCAAGAGGAUCAUCCAGAGCCGAGAGAGAGAGAUGAAAGAUUUGAAGGAGAAGAUGAACCAGGUAGAGGAUGAGGUGUUCGAAGAGUUUUGUCGGGAGAUUGGUGUGCGCAACAUCCGGGAAUUUGAGGAAGAGAAGGUGAAGCGGCAGAAUGAGAUCGCCAAGAAGCGUUUGGAGUUUGAGAACCAGAAGACUCGCUUGGGUAUCCAGUUGGAUUUUGAAAAGAACCAACUGAAGGAGGACCAGGAUAAAGUCCACAUGUGGGAGCAGACAGUGAAAAAGGAUGAAAAUGAGAUAGAAAAGCUGAAGAAGGAGGAGCAAAGACACAUGAAGAUCAUAGAUGAGACCAUGGCCCAGCUACAAGACCUGAAGAACCAGCACCUGGCCAAGAAGUCGGAAGUGAAUGACAAAAAUCACGAGAUGGAGGAGAUUCGUAAGAAACUUGGGGGCGCCAACAAGGAAAUGACCCAUUUACAAAAGGAGGUGACAGCCAUCGAGACCAAGCUGGAACAGAAGCGCAGCGACCGCCACAACUUGCUCCAGGCCUGCAAGAUGCAGGAUAUCAAGCUGCCGCUGUCGAAGGGCACCAUGGAUGAUAUUAGUCAGGAAGAGGGUAGCUCCCAGGGGGAGGAUUCAGUGAGUGGUUCACAGAGAACGUCCAGCAUCUACGCACGAGAGGCCCUCAUUGAGAUCGACUACGGUGACCUGUGUGAGGAUUUGAAGGAUGCCCAGGCUGAGGAGGAGAUCAAACAGGAGAUGAACACACUGCAGCAGAAGCUGAAUGAGCAGCAGAGUGUGCUUCAGCGUAUUGCUGCCCCCAACAUGAAAGCCAUGGAAAAGCUGGAGAGUGUCCGCGACAAGUUCCAGGAGACCUCUGAUGAGUUUGAGGCAGCCCGAAAGCGAGCAAAGAAGGCCAAGCAGGCAUUCGAACAGAUCAAGAAGGAGCGCUUUGACCGCUUCAAUGCUUGUUUUGAAUCUGUGGCUACCAACAUUGAUGAGAUCUAUAAGGCUCUGUCCCGCAACAGCAGUGCCCAGGCAUUCCUGGGUCCUGAGAACCCAGAGGAGCCCUACUUGGAUGGCAUCAACUACAACUGCGUGGCUCCUGGCAAACGCUUCCGGCCUAUGGACAACUUGUCAGGAGGGGAGAAGACAGUGGCAGCUUUGGCUCUGCUUUUUGCCAUCCACAGCUACAAGCCAGCCCCCUUCUUCGUCCUGGAUGAGAUCGAUGCUGCCUUGGAUAACACCAACAUUGGCAAGGUAGCAAAUUACAUCAAGGAGCAGUCGACUUGCAACUUCCAGGCCAUCGUCAUCUCUCUCAAGGAAGAGUUCUACACCAAGGCUGAGAGCCUCAUUGGAGUCUAUCCCGAGCAAGGGGACUGUGUGAUCAGCAAAGUCCUGACCUUCGACCUCACCAAGUACCCAGAUGCCAACCCCAACCCCAAUGAGCAGUAACAGUAGUUUCUGCCCUCUGCCCUGUCUGGAUCCCUAAACUGCCCCUCUGCCAGUCUUUGGAUAUUUGUGGCUCCCAACCUUCCCUUACCUUCUAGCCCUGUUUGGUGUAGUCAUGGGAUUUAGCACUGCUAUCAAGCGUGAAGAGGAACAGAGAUGAUGUUAGGUCUGGAGCAAAAAGUCAUGAGCCACAGGGAGCAUCCUGGUCUCUGAAAGGAGGCGCUGAGCUGAGCUGGGCUGAACAGGACCAUCUGUCUGUCUUCCCCUGCCCGGACCCUCCCCCCCCAUCCAUACUCAUGGGUCCCUUGGGUAUUUUGCCCACUUUAUGUGUGGGUGUGUGUGGAUGUGUGUUCACCUGUGUGCAUGUGUGUGCAGAAAAAUAAAAGAUACUGGAGACUGUUUUAGAAGGAGCCUAGGAUGAAUUUGACUCCAAGAGCACUUAGGAUGACAGCACUCCAGAGCUGGACAAAGGUGCUCCAGGCCUCCUAGGAGUCCUCAGCAGUCACCUGAAGCUGUCCUCACUCACUCACUCACUCACUUGUGUGUUCAUUCACUUGUCUGUUCGUCAAACACAUAUGGAGUGCCCUCUGUGCGACUGUGUGCUUGGAAUUGAGAGUUGAACCAUGCAUGCUCUCUGUCCUGGUAAGGAGAUACAAUGGGUUCAUGAAUUACUGGGGUUAGCUGAACGUUGCUAUGUGCUUUGAAUAUGAGAAGAGGACAGUUACGUCCAGGUAAUUGGUAAUUGUCACAUUUAAGCUGGACCUUGACAGACUGGUAGGGUUUUAGUUAGGCACUGAGAUCAGAACAAAGGGCUCUGGGAACAGUUACGGGUUCUGGUUCCACUUUUCAUCAGUUUGACGCUGGGCAAGUCGUUUGGCCUUGCUGUGCCUCACUUGUCUCAUCUGUAAAAUGAGGCUGAGAAUAUUACCUACCUCAUAGGAUUUAACGAUGUCAAGCUCCUCACUGGAGGCCUUAUCCUUGUGUGGAGCCCACUAGGUGCCGACCUCUCAGAAUACAAGCCUUCUCAUGCCUGGGCUUCCGAGGGUUUCUCAUCCUGGCCGUUAGGGACAAUCUGAGAUGUUGUAAAUGCCCUGGUAACUGGGAGAGUUCCAGGGCACUGAUGAGGUUUACCUGGUAAGUGGAGGGCCGGGGUAAACCUAUAGCUUCAGCCAUGGAUGAUAACCAGGUGCCUGGGCUCCAGCCUGGGUUGUGAGGAAGCAGGGAAGAGGUAGCCUGGGCCACAUCCCAGCCUAACGCACGUGAGACUCCUCUUAGGGACUCCCCUCCUGAGCUAGAAGGACCAUGCAGUGGCAGUAACGCCUGGCACGAGGGCUUCAGCCUUUAUCGCUUGUACACAUCAGACUUUGGUCUUGUCUGUAUAUUUGUCGUUUAAGUUGAAUCGGUUCCAGUUACCUAAGUAAUGCAGGAAUCCAUUCUCCUUUUAAGCAAUUAGAUUGUACAGACAAGGGACAAGACAAGCCUCAUUCAGCUACCGACUACUCCCCCCUCCCGCUCCUCCCCACCCUGUCCCUUCCCUGCUGUUAUACUUCAUUUAGACUUUGUUUUAACAUUCUUACAUAGAUAAGUUCGUUGGAAAUACUGUGUUUAAUGCGUAUGGCAUAUUGAAUUGUUCUGCAGUUUGCUUGCUUUGCCUAACAAUGUGUUUGAGAUCUAUGCAUGUUGCUAAGUGUAGAUCAUUCCCUUCUCUGUAAUUGCUGUAUGGAUCACCAUAUGACCCUACUGCAUUUUACUAUCCAUUUCUCUAGGGUGGACAUUAAGACUGUUUUUAGUUUUUCCUAUUACAAAAUAAUACACAGGAAUAUCCAUAUACCUGUGUGAAAGUGUGUGUGAGUGUGUGUGUGUGAGAGAGAGAGAGAAGGGGUGAGGGGAAUUAUUCCUCGUAAUGGAAUUGUGAAGUCAGGAAUGUAUAUGUUUGUUUUUCAGAGAUAACUUCCAAAUUGCCCUCCUGUAGUAUUUACUCAGUAUUUUUUUCUUGAGGUGUUCUGAGGUCUCCCAUUGAUUGUCAUCUACAUCCGCUUCACCCUAAGUAGUAAUAGCUGUGAAGUCACAGGUUUGAUGUGCUAUGUAUGUAUUUUUCUAAUACAUAUUAAAAGGUAUAACUAUCGAAA